AUACAUCGACCACAUUAUACGCAUCCUACUUUCCUACAAUUACUUAUAACUUUAUAUGGACUGCAUAGGAUGUAAUUCAUCAUUUCUAUCAAUCUACAUUUGCCCCUUUUUUCCCUUCUAGAUUUAAGUUUGCCCAUUCUUUCAAAUUUAUAAUAAUUAGUUUUAUGAUAAUGCAUUUUUUAAUAUCAGAACUUCUUGUUACCGUAUUCCCUGAAUUUGUUAAAGUUAAAUAACUCAUUUGAACUCAUUGCUGUUCCGCUGUUGGCUAUGCGCCUACUUUUUUUCGUUGGGUGUGUUAAAUAGCUUGCUAUUAAAUGAUUAUAUCUCCAGGCUUGACUGAGAAACUGCACUCUAUGCCUCUUGUACAGGACUUCAGUAUUUACAAGUCUGGGAAUUGGUGCUUCAACUCAGACAAGAAAGCUACUCUCUUAACCAGACAUGAUGAUGACACAGGCCUGUAAAAAGAGGAGGGCAGUUUAUAUAAGCAGUGAAUCAGGAGAUUCUGGUACAGAUUCUGAGGUUGAGGGAAGCAAGCUCUCCCAAAAAUUUGGUGUGACAUCAAUUUCUACAUGCGAGCAUCAAUCAUCUUAUAAGAUCAAGAUUGAAAGUAUGAAUACUAGCAAGAUAAGGCUGUGCGGAAAUAUCUUAAGGAAGCUCAUGGAUCACAAGGGUGGUUGGCUAUUCAAUCAACCGGUUGACCCAGUGCUGUUUAAGAUUCCUGAUUACUUUGAUGUUAUCCGCCAUCCGAUGGAUUUGGGUACUGUUAAGAAGAAACUCGGAAGCAAGCAGUAUGUGAGCACAGAUGAGUUUGCAGCAGAUGUGAGGCUAACAUUUUCAAAUGCCAUGAAGUAUAAUCCUCCAGGCAAUGAUGUCCAUGAGAUAGCUAAAGAAUUGAAUGGAAUAUUUGAUUCAGAGUGGGAAGCAGUGGAAAGGAAAUUUAGAGGCCGAAACCCAGUACAAGAGCAGCAGACAGUGAAGGUCAUAAAAAUUCGAACUGCCACGGAUUCAAAGUCUACAGUUGCUACAGGGACGGUUGCGUCAUCAGCUCGAGGGCCAGUAGCUUGCUCAAAUUCACUUGCGAAGAAGACACUGACAGAUGCGAUAACUUCCAAAGUGAAAAUUAAAUUUUCCGUGCGCAGCUCUGAGCAGACCUCUUCUAAAGAUACACCUGUUCAAGCAGCUGGUAGCAAAGAGGGAUCCUUAAAUCAUCCUCUUCAAACUGGCAACAGGGAGGCAUCUUUAAAUCGUUCUCUCCCUUCCACUAAGGAGAAUGCUAAAGUAUCAAGGAUACAAGCAACCGAGCACAGCUCCGGUUUAGUUGGAAAUGAAUCACGGUCUUGCAAUGAAACUUCAACAUCGCCUCUCGCUUCCUCUGGGCAAGGAGAGGGAGGUUAUUUACAUGAUGAACCUUUGUCGCAAAGCAGAGCCCUUUGUGCAGCAAUGAUCAAGAGUCAGCUAUGCUGGGACUAUUGUGAAGGCUCAACAGAAGGCACUUGUGGAUCAUGUAAUAUUUGAAACAUCUAAUCCUAUCAAAACAGAACUUGAAGCUGAAAUUUUUCAACCUAACAUUUCAAUCACGUGGAAAGUUGAAUUCCAGCUAUAAAGAGAAAACGAAACGGGAAAGCUAAAUCAUGCCCGGGGAUUUCUGUUCUCUCCCGCACCCGGUUUUCUGUCCGUAGGAUGUAGCCUUGAGCGUUCUGCAGCAUGUUAGUCUAGCCUGACAUGAGCUUGUGGAGUCGUGGGUUGGGUUGUCUGUUGCGGCCCAAUAUGGGCUUUUGUUUUUUUUUUGCCUGUUACGGGAAUCCUUUUUAUAUUCCCUGGAUUUUUAAAUUUGUUCGAGCCAUUAUGUCUGCCCCGUGCUUUAAUUUACUAGCCACAUUCUGUGGUCUCCUCUGUUUGAUGAAA